UGCCAGAGAGCUUGCCUCACCUUCCGUAGAGGAAGUGACAGGAUCCUUAGACUGUCGGGUCACUGUGGACCAUCCCUGAGCAACAGAGGACCUUCAGCAUCUGCGCCUGGUCCAUGCUGAUAGUCAGGACAGGCGGGAAGAAGCCUCCACCGCUGGCAUGUGCGGCGGCUCAGCCACUACUGCGCCCUGGCCGGGGGGCGGGCUGGGUGCCGGCUGCGUGAGCAGGACUUACAAGACACUUUUAUGCGCAAAGAUUGGAAAACGUGCCCGGGUAGGAUGGGGCACUGAUCGCGCGGAACUCGACCACAGUUGGUCAUGUUCAGAGUUUGAUCUGAAUGAGAUUCGCCUGAUAGUUUACCAGGACUGUGAAAGGAGAGGCAGGCAAGUCCUGUUUGAUUCUAAAGCUGUUCACAAGAUUGAAGACGCAGCAACUCAGAAAACAGAGGAUGGCCCCAUUAAAAUGUCCGCCAAGUGCUGCCAAGGAAGCAGUGGUGGCGGUGGGAGCAGCAGCAGCAGCAGCAGCAGCAGCAGCAGCAGCAGCAGCAACAGCAGCAACAGCAGCAACCUCUCCUACCAUGGUUCUUUGGGAGGGUCUUUACAAAAUGCGAAGGAGCAGCUUCCCAAGUACCAGUACACAAGACCAGCUUCUGAUAUCAACAUGCUGGGGGAAAUGAUGUUUGGUUCGGUUGCGAUGAGUUACAGAGGCUCUACCCUAAAGAUACACUAUAUACGUUCUCCUCCACAGCUGAUGAUUAGUAAAGUCUUCUCUGCUAGAAUGGGCAGCUUUUGUGGGAGCACAAAUAACUUGCAAGACAGCUUUGAAUAUAUCAACCAAGAUCCUAAUUUGGGAAAACUGAACACAAAUCAGAAUAAUUUGGGUCCUUGUCGUACUGCAAGUAACCUAGGUCUGCUGCAAGCUUGCAGCAGCAAACUGCUGCAGGGGGUAGCUGACGGAGGACCCCUCCGGCUCACCCGGAGUGCUUCUUUCUUUGCAGCACACAGCACACCAGUUGACAUGCCAAGCAGAGGCCAGAAUGAAGACAGGGACAGUGGCAUUGCUCGAUCAGCCUCCCUGAGCAGCCUCUUGAUCACACCUUUCCCAUCUCCAAGCUCCUCAGCAUCCUCUUCCAGUAGCUACCAGCGCCGCUGGCUUCGAAGUCAGACAACAAGUCUGGAAAAUGGCAUCAUUCCAAGGAGGUCAAUCGAUGAGACAUUCAGCUUGGCUGAAGAAACCUGUAGUUCCAACCCAGCCAUAGUUCGGAGGAAGAAAAUUGCCAUAAGCAUCAUCUUUUCCCUGUGUGAGAAAGAAGAAGCACAAAGGAGUUUCCAAGACUUCUUCUUUUCUCAUUUCCCCCUAUUUGAAUCUCACAUGAACAGGCUGAAGAGUGCAAUUGAAAAGGCCAUGAUCUCCUGUAGGAAAAUAGCAGAAUCAAGUCUCCGAGUUCAGUUUUAUGUCAGCCGUCUGAUGGAAGCUCUGGGAGAAUUCAGAGGGACGAUCUGGAACUUGUAUUCUGUUCCAAGGAUAACCGAACCAAUAUGGCUUACCAUGAUGUCCAGCACUUUGGAAAAAACCCAGCUGUGCCAGCGCUUUCUCAAGGAGUUUACACUCCUGAUAGAGCAGAUCAAUAAAAACCAGUUUUUUGCUGCCUUACUGACUGCAGUGUUAACCUACCACCUGGCCUGGGUACCAACUGUCAUGCCUGUUGACCACCCUCCCAUUAAAGCCUUCUCAGAGAAACGCACCUCCCAGUCUGUGAACACCCUGGCCAAAACGCACCCUUACAAUCCUCUCUGGGCGCAGCUGGGUGAUCUUUAUGGAGCCAUCGGCUCUCCAGUGAGGCUGACUCGCACCGUGGUGGUGGGGAAGCAGAAGGAUUUGGUCCAGCGCAUACUUUAUGUCCUGACCUACUUUCUCCGUUGCUCUGAGCUUCAAGAGAACCAGCUGACCUGGUGUGGGAACUGCAGCGAAGGUGAACAGAUGUUAAAUGGGAGCAAGAUCACAACAGCCUUGGAGAGAGGCGAGGUGGAGGAGUCUGAGUAUGUGGUCGUGACCGUCAGAAGCGAGCCUGCUCUGCUUCCCCCCAUGCUGCCACCCAUCACCGCUGAGGGAAGGGACCCUGGGCCUGAGGGCUUGGCUGGGGCCCCAGAGGGCACUGACCUUAGAGACCUGUGUCCCAAACCUGACAAAGAAGUAAACAGGAGUCCAGAGCAGAGUUCUGAGGCCUGCAGCCAGGGAUUCCCAGAGCCGGCACUGGCCAGCUCUUGGAAACGUCAGGGGCCACUUUGUGAGGAUGAAGACAGUAAAGAAGAGCCCCUUCAAGAUGGCUCUUCAGGGUUCUCCAGCUGUGAAGUUCUGGGGGCAGGACUGAAGGUUGGCCAACAAACUGUCAGUGAGGAGUUGAAAGGGGAUAUGCCUAGAAAAUUAUCAGAGCGGUCAGCGGCCUGGCCAUGCCCUGACAGACAUUCCCGGGAGAAGGCUCCCUUAGAAAAGGUCACUUUCCAAAUUGGAAGCUCCUUAUCUCCAGAGUCUGACUUGGAAAGCCGCGCCAAAAGAAUGGAGGAGCGGCUGAAGGCCUGUAGACAAUGUGCAGAGCCAGCCAGGCCCUCGGCUGAGCACAGGGGGGCUGCCGAGGUGGCUCAGGACCAGCAGGUGUCUGGAUGCUCCAUCGCCCCCGGCUUCAGGAAGAAUGUUGGCUGUCCCCAGGGCCUGUCUUCAGAGGGGGAGGACGGGGAAUUUGACAGGGGUUUUGCCGAGGACCGAGGCAUCAGACCCGAGGUUGCGGCGGAUGUGGCGGGGCCGCCCGGCCCACCUGCUCCCGAGGCCCGCGCGGCAGGAGCAGGGCGGUGCCACCCGAUGGGCACAGAGGGACCUUUGGUGGCGCCUGUUCCCAAUCGGGGUGCCCAGCAGGACUCUGGCUUCUCGGUGGCCGCACAUGUCCCCCGUGGGGACCCCGGCAGGAAGGCCGGCCGCAGGGCCGAGGGCGACAUCCCCAGGAACGAGAGCUCAGACAGCGCCCUCGGAGACAGCGACGACGAGGCCUGCGCCACGGCCAUGUUGCCCGCGGGCCCCGGCAACCGCGCGGAGGGGGCCGCUGAGGUGGAGCUGCCGCUGCCCAGCUCUCAGAGCGUCAGCAACCCAAAUGUGAGAAACUUUGGCCGCUCACUUCUGGCAGGGUACUGCCCCACCUACAUGCCUGACCUGGUGCUUCAUGGGACCAGCAGCGACGAGAAGCUGAAGCAGUGCCUGGCGGCCGAUCUAGUCCACACGGUGCAUCAUCCAGUGCUUGAUGAGCCGAUCGCUGAGGCUGUCUGUAUCAUCGCAGACACAGACAAGUGGAGCGUGCAGGUAGCCACAAGCCAGAGGAAGGUGACGGACAACAUGAAACUAGGCCAGGAUGUCCUGGUCUCCAGCCAGGUGUCCAGUUUACUUCAGUCCAUUUUACAGCUUUACAAGCUUCACCUCCCGGCUGAUUUUUGUGUCAUGCAUCUUGAAGAUAGACUACAGGAGAUGUACCUUAAAAGCAAGAUGCUGUCUGAAUAUCUUCGUGGGCACACACGAGUCCAUGUGAAAGAAUUAGGUGUCGUGCUGGGGAUUGAAUCGAACGACCUGCCUCUGUUGACUGCUAUUGCCAGUACUCAUUCCCCUUACGUCGCUCAAAUACUCUUAUAAGCUAAAGCUCAGGACAUUUCUUCCUUGGAAGAAAAAACAAAUCAGAUUCUCAACUGAAGGAGAAGGGAAUAAGCUGUCUGACAUCAGAAGCAUAAGAAGAGCAAACAGAAACAGUCACUCCACUGCUUUGUCUUGUUGCUUUCAAGUGGAUCCUUCAUUCAAAGACUUGGGGCUACUUGACAUAAUGGCAUUUGUGUUUCUUGCGAACACUUUAGGCCUUUUGUUACCCAUGACUCAACAGAGAGUGACCUUUCUGGUAGGAGGAAACAUAAGCACUACACUAAACACUAAGCCGCUGGUGCCGGUGGCCUCGGUGGCCUCGUGUGACCGGCAGUGAAGACCUCGGGCGGGGUAGACAGUGCACCGACCCUUCCAGAAGGAAAGCGCUUCUGUCUUGAAGCGUGAGCUCUCUGAACUGGAAAAAGCUUACUGCGCCAUUCCGAGAAGACAGUCAGGAGGAGGUCUUUGGAUUCCGGGACAGAGUUGGCUUUUUAUCCCAGCGAAAGGAAGGUCACCCCCUGUGCCACCUCCAGCUCGGGUGUCUGGAAGUCCCCCGCUGACACAGAACACAAGGAGGACUGACUGCCGGGAAGAGAGUGUUGCAGGGACCCACUGUUGUCACGUCCUGGUGGUGUUUACUGUGUUUCACAGGCGCCGCGGGGAGGUUAGAGAUGGGCUGUUGAUGCAGUAAACCCAGGGGUCCGUGUAGCAUGCCAAUCCCGUGGUGAAGUGGGGCGCGGCUGCAGGGGGCACUGCCCGCCGCCGUGCGCUUCCUCUGUAGACUCCAGCUUUCAGCAGCCUUUUUACAAGAGGCCAUUUACCAAAGCUAUUUCUAUAAACUCAAGAGUGUUUCUGUUGCUACAUCUUCCAGCCGAAGCCACUUUCUUCCUAUAACAGUUAAUACAAAUGACUAUUUAUACUUUAAAAGGCACAGCUGUCCUGGUGGGAAGAGAAACCUGCAACAGUUCAGGAUGACUAAUGAAAGUAAUUCAUUCGAGCAUUUAUAAACAAUCCAUAGAUGACCUAAAUUUUUACAUUAUCAUCUCUGUGCCUUCUAAUCCCUAUAUCCUUUUCAAAACACCUUUCCGGAAAUUAACUUUCUCAUAGCUCCGAAAUGAAAAAGUAUUGAUUUAUUAGCAUAGUUCGCUUUAAAAAAAAAAAACCAAACCUUAUUUUUCUGUUAAUAUAAAGGAAAUUUUACUUAGUUUACUGAUUGCAAAACAGACUAUGUACUGACAUCCAAGGUAAAGGAAAAGACUUAAAGAUUGAUAGUUACAAGACCAGGAGCUAAUCUAGUACAGCAAAACAUUGCGAGCACCUUGCAGAUGUUGUGUGCAGUUCAUUAUAACCAGGAUCUGGCUUCCUUUCCUUGUUUUAUGCACUAAUUCCAACCCUCCCCAUGUGUGUAUCUUUUGUAUCUAAGAAUAUGACGCAACUUCCUAUUUAGGGAUUAGAAAGUCUUCAAAUUUUCUAUUUGAUAAAGUCCUGAUCCUGAACACCAAGUUAUACAAGUUUGUCUGUUAUUCUGUAGCAAAUGCAGGUUAAUUGCCUGUUUGAUAGAGAAUAGUACCGGUGGAGAAAAAUAGGUCUAUUAUUUCGUAGGAAUAAUUAGAAAUAGGUCAGAACGGCUGCCUUUCUCUCAUUUUUUACAAGCGUGAUCUGGAGAGGGGUGCAUUGAGACUCUUAAGAUCUUUAAUUUUUUUUCAUGCCUUUCAUAAAAUUGAAGUUUUCCAUUCCUUUUAUAUUUCUGCUAUUUCCAUGUGCCUAACAUCUGAGUUUGGAGUUUUGAAGUCUAGUCCCAUGACAUCAUGUUGUUGGGUCAUCCAGAGAGAAUGAACCUGACCUGUGGCUCAGCUCCUUUGUCAUUUGUUUUUCAUUAUAUGUGCGGCAAUGAUAAGAGCUGAUGUUACAUUGUCACAGCUGCACCAGCUUAAAGCAUUCCCUCAUCUCCUUCCCCAUUCCUUGUUUACACGUUUUGGGCACUUUCCCUCAUUCACAACCUUCCGGGGUUUCAUAGAAAAUAAGUAGAUACAAAAUCAGUUCCAUGCGCAUGUGCACAUAGUGCAUGUUGAAAAUUAGACCCAGAUAUGGGGGAAAUUUAGCUUUAAAUGGCUGAUUCUAAACUCUACACAUAAAAGAUUUGGCCCAGCACCCUCAAAGCUGAGAAAAUUUAAUUUGCCUCUUAAGCUACUGUUCCAAAACACUCAGAAAACGUCUAUUGGAAAACUACAGGUGGAUCUCAUGUGGGGGUUGUCUCAGCAAUGCUCAGGAUUCUAGUCAGAACCUAAUCCUCACACUGACGGCCUACACAAACAGACCGAGAAUGCUGCUGCUCUUUGAUGGUCCUCCUUUAAUAACAUCCAAGUUGUGUCUGUCUCAAGUUCAACUUCUCCCCAAGAGUAGAAAAGAAAACCAUCUCAUGGAAUCGUGUUGAGGUGCACCCACUCACACACCCGCCACCCGGUGGCUUCAUUCUGUUUUAGCUGAAGAGGCUUCCAUGUCCACCUCAAGAAAAAAAUAAAAAUUAAAAAAAAAAAAUAGAGAAAACUACCUCAGUUGACAGGAUUCCACCUUUAGGGUUUCUUCAACUUUUAAGUCUUACCUGUUGAGUGUAACUUUUGUAGCGUCUUGCUUCUUUCAAGCAAGCUAGUGAGGCAUGACAGAGCAGACGUGUGUACAUAUCGCUGUGGUGGAUUCUUUCUAGCAUGUCGCGUCUUAUUUUUAACAGAUUGAUGAGUGAUAUGAAUGUAAAGAUAACUGUGUACGUUUAAACGUGACAAUGAAAAUCUGAAAUGUAGCUUCCAUACUUGUGCAUAAUUCCAAAGUAUUUUAUUUUUAUCAGUGUUAAAUAGCUUUUUGUACAGGCUUCAAUCCAUUUUUUCUGAAGUGUGCUGUUUUUUAAUGAAAGUAACUAUAAUCUUUUCACAUCCCAUGGAACUGCCGUUUACACAUCGCAACUUUUUAAACUUACCAUAUUUUUCAAAAUUAACUUUUUUGAGGGAGGAAAAUCCCACUUGCUACAUACUAAACUGUUGUUUAGGCUCUUAUAAUUAGGACCUGCGAUUUUAUAAAAAUUUAGUCUGUAGCUUUUUAGGUUCUUCACUAGAGUUGUACAUAAAAAUAAGGACUAUAAAGUGACCCCUAAAUUCUUUUAAAUGUCUGGAUUUUUCCACUAAUACAUACUUUUGAAAGCAUUUUGUUUAUGCAUAGAUUCACCAUUAAAUUGAAAAAGUCUUUAGCUUCUCUUGGUAAAUGUGAGCCAUUUGUUUUAUAUUGUGUUUGGGGGUGGGGCGUUUCAAUAAAAUUUGCCUAAAUCAAGCAGUACCCUCUGAAUGUUAAUUUUUAAAUGUCAAAAUUGGGUGAGGCAUAUAUCUGGGAAGCAAAAUUGCAAUAUGAGUAAAUUUCACUGAUGUUUAAAUAAGAAGACAAUUCUGGGAUUUGUUCUUGAAUCACCAUUAAUACAAAUGGAUGGUUUAUAUUUUUGAUCACUUAAAUGGACAUCAAUGUCAAUGAAUGGGAAAUUUUUCUUAAAACUUAUUCAUGUAUUAUUUUUGAUCCAUUUAUCUGUGGCAUUUGGUGCAAUAAACCUUUUGAAUUUAUCCUGAAUAUUUUCCUAUAUUGCUUAUGAUUUGUCCUGUCUAAUUAAACUUAGAGCUCUCCUUU